AUGGUUGUCAACGGCAGCACUCCGCAUGGACACCCAGCCACGGUAGAUUACGAAGAGAGCCAAGAAGAUGGUGAUGUUGCGCAAUUUCAACUAGACGAUAAGUGCACACAUUAUACCUCCUUGAAAGAAGUACCUUGGGAUUUACAUAAAUACUGGCAGCAGCGUUAUAGCGUGUUUUCACUAUAUGACUACGGUAUUUUUAUGACAGAUGAUGCUUGGUUCGGCGUUACUCCUGAACCAGUAGCUACUCAGAUCGCCCAGGACUAUGCCUCUUCUACGUCACCAACAAAAACAACCAUUAUCGAUCUGUUCGCUGGGGCUGGUGGCAACUCGAUUGCGUUCGCUCUCUCCAAUCGUUGGGCCCAUAUCAUAGCCAUUGAGAAAGAUCCGUCGGUUAUCGCCUGCGCUGAAAACAAUGCCUACAUUUACGGUGCCACAAACAUAAAUUGGGUUAACGGUGACUGUUUCGAAUACCUCAAGACCCACGCUUCUUCUAUCAAUCCUUCAGAAACUGUUAUUUUCGCAUCUCCGCCCUGGGGAGGACCGGGCUAUACCACUGAAAAUAUAUUCGAUCUAAGUACUAUGCAACCAUAUUCUGUGCAACAUAUUCACGAGGCAUGCAAAACGAUGGAUAUGGCGUUAUAUCUUCCACGAACCAGCGAUCUCAGACAAAUUACUGCAUUGUUACCGGAAGGAAAGAAAGCUGAACUUGUGCAAUAUUGCAUGGAGGGAGCAAGCAAGGCCCUUGUGGCGUAUAUUCCAGCUAUUGAAUGA